AUGCUUGUCUUGCAGGGGAUAUCAACUGAAAGCCGUAUACGCAACUACGCAGCAAUGGCAAAUAAUGAAAGCCGCAGCUCAGCGACACCUAGCCGAUCCCGAUGGGAGAAAAUCUACUCGAAGCUGAGACUCUUGGUUUUCUAUGUUUCGUUGUGGCGAUCACGUUGGCUGUGGUUUCUGACGCCUACAAACAUAGUCGGUUUGGGAUUCAUCCUUUUCAUAGCAGCUGUCUUCAAGCAGGCUAUACCUCAUGACGUGUUACCAAGAACUGGACUAGUGCGCUACGAAACUGCAUUGGACACAGCUAAUAUAAUGGAAAUGCGUUUGGAAAUAUUUGAAAGGCAGCAUAUGAUGCAGCAG